UAAGGAGCGUGUUUUCCGGGGGACUAUAGAAGCGGGUGCACAUCAUGUCGGCCGCCAGCUGACUGGUCCUCGUGUUGAAGUGAAGCAGUUUCGGGUCCCCGGGUCGCCCUCAGGUGUGUCCCGGUGCAGCUCCGUCCCCGCCGAGCCGCUGCAGGUGAGGGUGCGGCCCGGCAGGGGGCGCCGUGUGUCGCAGCGAGCAGCCGGACGCUGCGGGCUCGGCCUGUUAGCUCAGAUUAGCUCAGAUUAGCUUUAGCCCUGUUCAGACGGAUCUGAAGCUGCGAGCGGACUGAGAGCAGCUCCGUGUCUGUGGCGCUGCGCUACUGACCUGCUCGGUGUGACGCACCGGCGUGACGUACCGGCGUGACGUCAUCAGGCUGCAGACUGACACCUGUGACCUGCCUAAUGCAGGUGGAUACCGGGCCUGGUGGGUGAAGACAGGAGUCAGAUAGACAGCAGGAUGUCCCAGUCAGCGCAGAAGGACCUGUACGCCGUCCUGGGAGCCAGUCCCUCCGACUCGGCACAGCAGCUCAAACACAGAUACCAGCAGCUGGUCUUACAGUACCACCCAGACCGUCUGGGAGGUGUGUGUUCUUCAGAGGCAGAGUCUGGCUUGAGGAAGUUUCUGGAAGUUGAUGCAGCCUGGAAGAUCCUGAAGGAGCACAGCAGCAGGAAGGAGUACGACCUGAGCAGAAGAGCGGAGGAGCUGAAGCAGGAUUGGCCAGUGGAUUCUAAUGUGUGUCUGGAGGACAUGAGCUGGGAUGAGGAUCAGUCGCUGUACACGCACUGCUGCCGCUGUGGAGGAGAGUUCAGCAUCACAGAGGAGGAGGUGGAGGAGGCGCGACAGAGGACACAGCAGAGGGAUGAGGAGGAGGAGGAGGACGAGGAGGAGCAUGGGGUGGUGGUGUGUUGCGACACCUGCUCCCUCAGUGUGUAUGUCACAUGGACGCUACAGGCUAAAGCGCCGACGUUAGAAACUCAGUGAAAAUGGAAAUUCCAGGGAGGAUAAGUGACGUUCCAUCAUCGUCUUAAAGUAUAUCAUAUGUUCUGCUUGCAAGUGAAUAUGAGUGUGUGUUUAUGUGAUAAUAAAUGGAUGUGAAGUGAUCUGGUAGAUUUUAAGAAGAUCAGUGUGUCACUGCUGAUAUUGACUCAAAAUAUUUAACUUAUUUAACCUGUAAUUACUGACACAGUGUGUGUGUGUGUGUGUGUGUGUGUGUGUGUGUGUGUGUGUGUGUGUGUGUGUGCGUGUGCGUGCGUGCGUGUGGGUUCUCUCUUUUUUUUCUCUUUUUUUAUCAAUAAAGAAUUUAUUUUUACAGUGGCACUACUACAGAGGGCAGGACACACACACACACACACACGGCCUGACUCGUGCCUGAAAGCCUCCUGGACGGAGUUAUUAUUUUAUUACUCAAAGAAAAUACUGUAAAAUGACUUUUCUGCUGUUGGCCAAAUAAAAUCAAACUCCCCACUUCA